AUGGGCAGCCUGCUCCCCAAGCUGGGCCAGCUGCUCAUGGAUGAGUACAACCUGCACAAGCGCGUCAAGAAAGAUGUCGAGUUUCUUCGGAAGGAGCUUGAGAGCAUGCAUGCUGCCCUCGUCAAGGUUGGUGAGGUGCCACGGGACCAGCUCGACAAGCAAGUCAAGCUCUGGGCCGAUGAAGUCAGAGAGCUCUCCUACAACAUGGAGGAUGUCGUCGACAACUUCCUCGUACGUGUCGAAGGUAUUCAGCAGCCUCACAACAACACCGGCAGAUUCAAGGAGCUCAAGAGCAAGAUGUUAGGCUUGUUCAAGAAAGGCAAGAAUCACCAUCGGAUAGCUGACGCCAUCAAGGAAAUCAAGGAGCAACUCCAGGAGGUGGCUGCUAGGCGUGAGAGGAACAAGCUUGAUGGUAUUGCUCCUAAUCCUAGUGAAACAAUUGCCAUCGAUCCUCGUCUCCGUUCUCUGUACACAGAAGCGACAUAG